GUGUCCGCCGAGUUUCUCCACCAGCAACAUGGCCGCUGCCUGAGAGAAGAGCCGGGCCGCCGCCGCCUGUGUAGCCCGCGGGUACCUGGGCCGUUGCCGCCGCCCGCGCGCGGGGCCGUCGGAGAGAUCGAGUCCAAGGACCGCGCGGCUGGCUCCCCCCUAGUAUGGCCAAUGAAGAGGAUGACCCAGUCAUACAGGAGAUCGACGUGUACUUGGCCAAAAGUCUGGCAGAGAAGCUCUAUCUGUUUCAGUACCCUGUGCGUCCAGUCUCGAUGACCUAUGAUGACAUUCCGCACCUCUCAGCCAGGAUCAAGCCCAAGCAGCAGAAGGUGGAGCUUGAGAUGGCCAUUGACACGCUGAAUCCCAACUAUUGCCGCAGCAAAGGGGAGCAGAUCGCGCUGAACGUGGACGGGGCCUGCGCUGACGAGACCAGCACAUACUCCUCGAAGCUGAUGGACAAGCAGACGUUCUGCUCUUCCCAGACCACCAGUAACACGUCCCGUUAUGCUGCCGCGCUCUACAGGCAAGGUGAGCUCCACCUGACACCUUUACAUGGCAUCCUGCAGCUGCGGCCCAGCUUCUCCUACCUGGAUAAGGCAGAUGCCAAGCACCGUGAGAGGGAGGCAGCUAAUGAGGCGGGAGACUCUUCACAGGACGAGGCAGAAGAAGAUGUGAAGCAGAUCACGGUGCGGUUCUCCCGGCCUGAGUCAGAGCAGGCCCGCCAGCGCCGUGUGCAGUCCUAUGAGUUCCUGCAGAAGAAGCAUGCUGAGGAGCCGUGGGUCCACCUGCACUAUUACGGCCUGAGGGACAGCCGCUCUGAGCAUGAGCGCCAGUACCUGCUGUGCCAGGGCUCCAGCGGGGUUGAGAACACAGAGCUUGUCAAGUCACCCAGUGAGUACCUCACGAUGCUGAUGCCUCCCAGCCAGGAGGAGGAGAAAGAAAAACCCGUGGCCCCCAGCAAUGUCCUGUCCAUGGCCCAGCUGCGCACCCUGCCCCUAGCUGAUCAGAUCAAGAUCCUGAUGAAGAAUGUGAAGGUCAUGCCUUUUGCCAACUUGAUGAGCCUCCUGGGCCCCUCCAUCGACUCUGUGGCUGUUCUGCGUGGUAUCCAGAAGGUGGCGAUGUUAGUCCAAGGAAACUGGGUGGUGAAGAGUGACAUCCUGUACCCCAAGGACUCUUCUAGCCCUCACAGCGGCGUGCCUGCUGAGGUGCUCUGCAGGGGCCGAGACUUUGUUAUGUGGAAGUUCACGCAGAGCCGGUGGGUGGUAAGGAAAGAGGUGGCAGCGGUCACUAAACUCUGCGCGGAAGACGUGAAGGACUUUCUAGAGCACAUGGCCGUAGUGAGGAUCAACAAGGGCUGGGAGUUCAUACUGCCGUAUGACGGGGAGUUCAUCAAGAAGCAUCCAGAUGUGGUCCAGCGGCAGCACAUGCUGUGGACGGGCAUCCAGGCCAAAUUAGAAAAAGUUUAUAAUCUUGUGAAGGAAACCAUGCCAAAGAAGCCGGAUGGACAAUCAGGGCCUGUUGGGCAGGUCUCUGGGGACCAGCGGGUCCAAGUCGCCAAAAGACAGGCCCAGCAGAACCACGCGCUGCUGGAGCGGGAGCUGCAGCGGAGGAAGGAGCAGCUGCGGGCGUCCUCGGUCCUGCCCGCUGUGCGGAUCAAGGAGGAGCCCAUGAGUGAGGAGGGGGAGGAAGAGGAAGAGCAGGGGGCGGAGGAUGAGCAGCCCAUGGACACCUCGCCCGGCGGUGGCCUCCACAGCAGGCUGGCCAACGGGCUGCCUGCUGCGCGGGGGGCAGGCGGGGACAGCUUCAACGGGCACCCGCCCUCAGGCUCUGCUGGUACCCCCGUGGCCCGGGAACUGAAGGCCUUCGUGGAGGCCACCUUUCAGAGACAGUUUGUGCUCACGCUGAGCGAACUCAAGCGCCUCUUCAACCUGCACUUGGCCAGCCUGCCCCCCGGCCACAUGCUCUUCAGCGGCAUCUCGGACCGCAUGCUGCAGGAAACGGUGCUGGCCGCCGGCUGCAAGCAGAUACUGGUGCCUUUUCCCCCACAGACGGCUGCUUCCCCGGAUGAGCAGAAGGUGUUCGCCCUCUGGGAGUCUGGAGACAUGAGUGACCAGCAUCGACAGGUUUUGCUUGAAAUUUUUUCCAAAAAUUACCGGGUACGCCGGAACAUGAUCCAGUCUCGGCUGACUCAGGAGUGUGGAGAAGAUCUGAGUAAACAGGAGGUGGAUAAAGUGCUAAAGGACUGCUGUGUAAGCUAUGGCGGCAUGUGGUACCUUAAAGGGACAGUACAGUCUUGACAAUAGUUGCAAACCAGUAACCCAGUGAAUUCAAGCCCAAGGAAGGACGGCAGAGCCAGCAGAGGUGGAAGUAGAGUCUCGAUUGCUUCAGAAGACUUGGAGCAAGAGGAACUGACCAUCUCGUGGCCUGUGGCACUGCACUGUCCAGUGGACAGAGGGGAUCAUACUCAGCCAGUGGCAGGGUCAGCUUAAGUUAGACCGCUCCCAGAAGAGACCAGCUGGGACCUUCUCUGCAGUACAGUUUGAAAUUCCUGAUGUAUUUUGUUUAUUAUUUGGUUUCAUUCUCAUAAUAAAGAGAGUGUAUACUGA